UCCCGGAGCUGCUGGGCUUUUGGGAGAACUUUGAUGACGCAAACGGGGCCAGGAGGUAUUCCCAAAGAAGGCAAGGAUGUCAAAAUUAUUAGAGCAAGUGGGUGAAGUGGGUCCUAUCCUGGUUUUUGAAUGGGAAUCUGGAGCCAGGGAGCAACACUCUAGUCUUAGGUGCUUAGGCGAGGUAGGAGAGAGAGAAGAAAAUGUAAUGGAAGGACGGGGAGGGUUGGAGUUCUGGCUUUCCAUUUGCCAGCAGGGUGGAUGGGAUUUGUAGUUUCACAACAUCUGGAAGUCUACAGGCUCCCCACCCAAAGUAUAAUUGCAUCCAAUAAGUUACUAGAACUUUUCUUGUGUUUUUUUCCCUUGCACCUUUAGUUUUUUUAAAACUAAACUUGUUGCUGUUUGAUGUCCUCGCUCCUAGAGGGGGGAAGAGUGUUACACCAUUGCUGAGUCAUGUUUUGCUGUUAAUAAAUAUAAACCACAAUUUCUUAACACAGAAAUACUUCAUUUAUUGGUCAAAUGCAUAUAAAUAACACCAGUAUAGACAGGUGUUAUUUAACUAUUAAAAGUGGUUUUCACCACAUUGCCUACCGGGAAGUAAAUCUUGCUCAGUUCAAUGAGUCUUUAUUCUGACACAUAUUUUGCAUUGUGGGGAUAGCUCAGUUGGUGGGGAUAGAGCACCAGAUUCUCAACCUCAGGGUUGCGGGUUCAAGCCCCACGUUGGUCAAAAGAUUCCUGCAUUGCAGGGGUUGGACUAGAGGACCUUCGUGGCCCCUUCCAGCUCUACAAUUCUAUGAGUCUAAGUAAGUAGGUAUUGGGUUGCAGGCUUAAGCGGGUUUUAACAUUAAUGCAGAUCUUGUACAAUAAAAAGGAACAGAUCCCACGUAACAGGGAUAAGACUAUCAAUGGCUCGCUCUGCUUCCAUGGUCAGAGGCGGAAACGGACCCUCCAGGUGUCCCUACUUUCUAGUAACCUGGAUUUACAGGUUUCUGAUUUGAUCCUGGAAUGUCCCACUUUUCCUUAAAAUGCCCCUAUUUUUAUCAGAGAAAUGUUGGUGGGUAUGAAGUUAUGCAACCCCUGAGCCAAGGAGAUAAGUAACUACAGUAUAUAACCUUUAGAAGACAUCUGAAGGCAGCCCUAAAUAGAGAUGUGUUUUUUUUUAAAAAAAAUGUUUACUGUUUCAUUUUUUUCUGUGUUGGAAGCUGCCCAGCUGCCCAGACUGGGGCAACCCAGUCAGAUGGGCAGGAUACAAACAAUAAAAUUAUUAUGAUUAUUAUUAAGAAAUAAGACGUCCCAAUUUUCAUUGGGAAAAUAUUGGAGGGUAUGCAGCAAUGCUUCUGAAUGCCAGUUGCUGGAAACCACAGCGGGGAGAACACUCUUGUGCUGUGUGGUGUAGUGGUUAAGAGCGGUAGACUCCUAAUCUGGGGAACCGGGUUCGUGUCUCCGCUCCUCCACAUGCAGCUGCUGGGUGACCUUGGGCUAGUCACACUUCUCUGAAGUCUCUCAGCUCACAGAGUGUUUGUUGUGGGGGAGGAAGGGAAAGGAGAAUGUUAGCCGCUUUGAGACUCCUUUGGGUAGUGAUAAAGCGGGAUAUCAAAUCCAAACUCUUCUUCUUCUUCUUCUUCUUCUUCUUCUUCUUCUUCUUCUUCUUCUUCUUCUUCUUCUUCUUCUUCUUCUUCUUCUUCUUCUUCUUCUUCUUCUGUUCUGCUUGCAAGUUUCCCAUCAGCGCAUCUGAGCGGCCACUGUGCAAACAGGAAGCUGGACUAGAUGGGCCACUGGAGUGGUAGCCAGCAUGCUCUUCAUAGGCUCUUUUUUCAGCCUGAGGGCUGAAUUCCCUGCUAGGUCACAUACCAGUGGAGUGGGGCCAGAGGCAAGAAAUGAAUGCAAAUUUUAUCUUUGUAUGGUAGGCUAGUUUCUGCACACACACACACACACACACACACACACACCCUUCUCUAGCUUCCUUCCAGGCAAGCAAGGGGCAUUAUUAGAGUGCAGUGCCAGUGUGGGGUGCGGAGAGAGUUAUGAGGGGCCAGAAAGAGACUUCUGGAGGGCCACAUUGGGCCUCUGGGCCUGAGUUUCCCCAUGCCUGCCCUACAGUGUGGGGGUAACUUGUUUUUAGACCAAGGAGCCCAUCUGUAGUAGCUGCCACAUAUUGAUGCUCACUCCUCAAAGGCUACCUAGAGCACCUCUCCUUGCAAAACACCCCUUAUCUUAUUGUUAACUUAUCACUGUCUUUGCACCCUGACUCCCCCACAAUGCAUCUUCUUUUUUCCUUCGGUUGUUCAAAUUCCUGGCGCAUUUUUCUGCCUAUAACUUGUUAUCUUCUCAGUUCUAAGGCAACCUUAGCAUUAGCUUGUCGAAAUCUAGCCUUCCUUUCUUGGCAUGUUGUUGAUUUUUUAUUUUAUUUUUUUUGGCAAGCAAGUUUGAGUAAGGAGCAUCUCCUGGGUACAUUUCUCUCCGCCCCUGGAUGUUUGCCUUAAUUGCAUCUUAAACUCCCCCUUGCCUUCCCACUUUCUCCGAGAGCACCUCAGAGCAGUUGUAUGCGCAUUAGAGCGGCUUACAUAACAUUCAGCUAAAACAAGGCAGCCCCUGCCUACAAGCUUACAAUCUAAAAGGCACAACACAAAAGGAGAAAUUCUUAGGGGAAGCGCCAGGGGUGGGAGAGGAAUCUAAUCUCGGGUCCUAAGUAGGUGCUCUUUUAAUCCAUUGGUGGUACUGAGGCACAGCGCGGGGAUCCUGCCAGUAAAAGGCCAAGGGAGGCGAUUUUUGCCAAUUUCUGCUGCAGCCUCUCAUGCUGCCUUAGGCGGGAAGAGUUCCCCAAUCCAGAGGGGAUUUCUGGGGAGUACAAAGCCCAGAGGCUGAAGAGGGAGUUGGGGGUGAUCACCUUCUGCAUGCAGCAGCCCAACUAGGAUCCAAGACAUUGCCUUAUUACGCCAUUUGUCCUCACAACAAUCCUGCAAGGUAGGUUCACUAGGCUGUGAGACAGAGAGGGUACAGCUAAUCCUACCUAACCCAGUGGGAAUUUGAAUCUGGUCUCUGGUGUAUCCCUACUAGAAACAUAGAAGAGUUGGAAGGGGCCUAGAGGAUCAUCUAGUCCAACCCCCUGCAAUGGAGGAAUUUUCCAAAGCUCAGUGGUAGAGCAUCUUCCUGUGGGACGUAAAAGGUAUCAGGUUCAGCAUCUUCAAACAGGCCUGCCUGAAAUCCAGGGGAGCUGCUGCAGGUCCGUGUUGGCAGUACUAAACUAGAUGCGCUCAUGGCCUGGUUUUCCAACUGCUCUUUCUAAGGCAGGUUAAAUGCGGCAAUUAAUUUGGAGUGGGGGAAAUUCCACAGGGACUCUCUCCCGUUUUUUUCUGGAUGAGAGGCGGGGUCAGGUGGAUUGAACUGGUGAUCCUGCCGAUUGCCUGCCCCUCCCAUUAUCAGGGCAAUUGUCAAUUAAUGAUUAAUCAGAACGCUGGGCACAGGGAAGCAUUCAGAAGGAGCAAGCUGACCCCCAUGGCAGGACCAGCAGAAACUUCGCCUCGCCCGAGGAUGCGGAAGUUCUGGGAAGAACAUUCGCAAAACACCUCUGUGCAGGAAAUGAUGCUGGACUCGGGGGCCCAGCAACUCACACAGGAAGACACCCCAGAGAUCCUUACCCUCUUGCCUUGCCUGAAAGGACAGGACGUGCUGGAACUGGGAGCGGGCAUAGGCCGGUUCACAGCAGCUCUCGCGAAGCAGGCGCACCAUGUCACAGCUGUGGAUUUCAUGGAGAGCUUCCUGGCGCACAACCGGCAAGAGAACGGACACCAGCCAAACGUGGCUUUCCUACAGGCCGAUGUUACCAGCCUGCAGUUGCCAAGCCAGAGCUUCGACCUCAUCUUCUCCAACUGGCUUUUCAUGUACCUGUCAGAUACCGAAGUGAGUGACGUGGCCCAGCAGAUGCUUCUCUGGCUGCGUCCAGGAGGGCAACUUUUCUUCCGGGAAUCCUGCUUCUACCAGUCUGGAGACCACCCAAGGGCCUUCAACCCCACUCUUUAUCGAACGCCUGCAGAAUACAAUCACCUCUUCACUUCAGCCCAUCAGACGUGCGGGGACGAGCUCUAUGGAUUUGAGAUAGUCAUGUCCCGAUCGGUGCAAACUUACAUCAAGAGGAAGCAAAACCGCAACCAGGUGUGCUGGCUUCUCCAGAAAGUCCCCCGAAACCCCGAUGCCACCUGGGGAUACGACACCUUCCAGAAGUUUCUGGACAGCGAGCAGUAUGCCACCCGCAACAUCCGUCGCUACGAAUGGGUCUUUGGGCCUGGGUUCGUCAGCACCGGAGGCCUCACGACCACCAAGGAGCUGUUACGUAUGCUGGAUUUGAAAAAGGGCCAACAAGUGCUGGAUGUUGGCUGCGGACUCGGCGGGGGUGACUUCUACAUGGCUAAGGAGUUUGGCGUGGAAGUCCUGGGCAUGGAUCUUUCCCACAACAUGGUGGAGUUGGCUUUGGAGCGAGCGCAAAAGGAGACUGGAUCCCUGGUACAGUUUGAAAUUGGCAAUGCCACGAGAAGGACGUUCCCAGAGAACACCUUUGAUGUCAUCUACAGCCGGGACACCCUCCUGCAUGUGCCAGGCAAGAGUGCUCUCUUUGCAAAGUUCUUGUCGUGGCUGAAGCCAGGCGGGCAGCUUCUCAUCUCUGAUUAUUGCUGUGGGCCUCGCCCCUGGUCGAAAGCCUUCAUGGAGUACGUCAGACGGAGGGGCUACAGCCUUCUCACGCCUUGGAAAUAUGGCCAGGUGCUGCAGGAGGCUGGGUUCAGGCAGGUCCAGGCGUUGGACUAUACAGGACGGAUGCUGUCUGCCUUGACUCAAGAGCUGCAAGAGCUGGAAAGAAGUCAGCAGCAAUUUGUCCAGGAAUUCUCAGAGAGUGAGUUUGAGUCCUUGGCCUCUGGAUGGAGGGAGAAGCUGCAGCGCUGUGAGGAUGGGGACCAGCGCUGGGGGGUCUUCUAUGCCCUGAAGCCACAGUAGCUGCCGCCUCCCCUGCUCCUCCAACAGUCUGGGGCAGUGAAUUCCUGUCCAGGUCCAGGAGCUUCCUGGCCCAGCAAGCUUUUAAUAGCAUUUACUUGUGUUUUCUCCCUACUGCUGCCUGGUCAGGUUUCAAGCCUGGAUCCACUGCAAGAGUUUGUAAGAAACUGCGCCUUCCAGUCUGGAUUUUUGCUGGCCUUUCAGUCAGAUUACUUGGCUUUGCGCUAUUCCAGGUCUGGCUGGAAGUGUGGAAGGAUUUCUCUCUCUCUCUCUUCCCUCCUUCUUUCCUUUCUUUCUCUCUUACUGGAAUGAUCCCCCUUCUCUCUCCGCAUCUCUGUUCCAUCAGUUUAUGUUAUUAAAAACUUAUUACAUUUUCUUUAUUUCCAUGUUUAUACCACA